AUGACAAAAGCAACAACUGAAAAUGAAGAACCUGGUAUAGUUUACAAAGUAGCAGGGUCCCUGGUUAUAGCAGAGAAUAUGAGUGGGACAAGAAUGUACGAGCUAGCUAAAGUAGGAUGGAACAAAUUAGUAGGGGAAAUUAUAAGAUUAGAAGGGAAUUAUGCAUAUAUACAAGUGUACGAAGACACAUCUGGUUUAUCUGUAGGAGAUCCUGUAACAAAAACAGGAAAUGCUUUAUCUGUAGAAUUAGGACCAGGAAUAUUAGAUAACAUAUAUGAUGGUAUUCAAAGACCAUUAGAAAGAAUUGCAAAUGUAUGUGGUGAUGUGUACAUAUUUAAAGGAAUUGAUAUGACUUCUUUAGAUCAUGAAAAACAGUGGAAUUUUUAUGCUGAUAAAAAUGUAAAAAUAAAUGAUAUAGUAACAGGUGGAGAUAUGUUUGGAUAUGUAGAUGAAAAUAAAUUAUUCAAAGAACAUAAAAUUAUGGCCCCACCUAAUGCUAAAGGUCGUGUUACGUAUAUUGCACCUGAUGGAACAUAUACAUUAAAAGACAAAAUAUUUGAAUUAGAAUAUCAGGGGAAAAAGUUUACUUAUGGUUUAUCUCAUUUAUGGCCAGUAAGAGAACCUAGACCUGUUCUAGAAAAAGUAACAGGUGAUACAUUAUUAUUAACAGGACAAAGAGUUUUAGAUUCAUUAUUUCCAACAGUACAAGGUGGUACUUGUGCUAUUCCAGGUGCAUUUGGUUGUGGAAAGACAUGUGUAUCUCAAGCUUUAUCAAAAUAUUCGAAUAGUGAAGUAAUUAUAUAUGUUGGAUGUGGAGAAAGAGGUAAUGAAAUGGCUGAAAUUUUAUCAGAUUUUCCUGAAUUAACAACAAAAGUAGAUAAUGAAGAUGUUGGAAUAAUGCAAAGAACAUGCUUAGUAGCCAAUACUUCAAAUAUGCCUGUUGCAGCUAGAGAAGCUAGUAUUUAUACUGGUAUUACUUUAUGUGAAUAUUUCCGUGAUAUGGGUUAUAAUGCUACUAUGAUGGCAGAUAGUACAAGUAGAUGGGCAGAGGCAUUAAGAGAAAUAUCAGGACGAUUAGCUGAAAUGCCUGCUGAUAGUGGAUAUCCAGCUUAUUUAGGUGCAAGAUUAGCUUCUUUUUAUGAGCGUGCAGGUAAAGUCAAAUGUAUUGGUUCUCCAUCUCGCAUGGGAUCAAUAACAAUCGUAGGUGCUGUAUCACCUCCAGGUGGAGAUUUUUCUGAUCCUGUUACUACUGCAACUAUGUCUAUUGUUCAAGCUUUUUGGGGAUUAGACAAAAAACUUGCACAAAGGAAACAUUUCCCUUCAGUUAAUUGGUCAACCUCUUUUUCAAAAUAUGUUAGACAAUUAGAACAAUAUUUUGAUAAUUUUGAUCAAGACUUUUUAUCCUUAAGGCAAAAAAUAAGUGAUAUAUUACAACAAGAAAGUGAUUUAAAUGAUAUCGUACAACUAGUAGGAAAAGAUUCUUUAUCAGAAGAUCAAAAGGUUGUAAUGGAAGUUGCAAAAAUCAUUAGAGAAGAUUUCCUUCAACAAAAUGCAUUUAGUGAUUAUGAUUACAUGUGUCCUUUACAAAAAACUGUAGGUAUGAUGAAAAUCAUUUGCCAUUUUUAUGGACAAUGCUUGCGAACAUUGCAAGAAUAUGAUUCAAGGGAAAGAAAAAUUGGAUGGGGCUCUAUAUAUAAUACUCUAAGACCUACCAUUAACAAAAUUACCCACAUGAAAUUUGAAUCCCCUAAGAAUACAGAUGAGUACUUUAAAAAAUACUUCAAAGCCCUGGAGGAGGAGAUAACUGUGGGGUUGCGUAACCUGGUUGAAAAGUAG